UGCUCGGGAUGUGUUCGGCACUGAGGAGUUUCUGAUACUCUCCAGCCAUCUGAGGAGGAUUUGCAUGGCUUUACAACUCACGCAGUAAGACUUUCUGCGCUUCUUCAAUCGCUGCGCAGUAGCGCGUCAAGGAAAGUUAGUGGCAUUUUGCGCGCAUAGCGAGUUUUUGGAUUGUUAUUCCGAUGGUUGACAAGUCGUUGGAUGAGGAGGUGAGCAUGCUGUAAUACAUGAAGAUGCGCCAGAGAUCGUGGCUCUUUAAAUGGUUGGGAAUAGGCAUUGGCGUUCUUCUGCUCACCGCUGCUAGCUAUUCUCAAGAUUCAGAAGACUGGCAAUAUGAGGAGUGCAAGCUCUCCAGAACAGGCCCGCCCGCAACCAUUGUAGCCAUAGAUGAGGAGAGUCCUAAUGGAACCCUUCUGGUGGAGAACAUGCAGAUAAACGGGAGAGCAGAAGACCCUGACAGGACCAUCUCUUUAUCUCUACGGGACAACCACGACUACUGGGUCAUUCUGGACCCGGUUAAGCAAUGCCUGUAUCUCAACAGCACCGGACGAGUUCUGGACCGAGAUCCUCCCUCCUACAUUCAUUCCAUUGUGGUGCAGGUUCAGUGUACUAAUGAGCUUGUUGGCACGGUGAUCCUACACGAGGUGCGGAUAGUCGUACGGGAUCGAAAUGACAACCCCCCACGCUUUCAGCAGCCGCGCUACUAUGUUGCGAUUUAUGAGACCACAAACAGGACAUUCGACAUCCCUCUCACCCUGUCUGGAUCAGUAGUUCUGAGAGAGAGGCUGAAUUAUGAAGAGAUCACACGCUACCUGGUCAUCAUUCAGGCCAACGACCGAGCUCCAAACCCGAAGGACCGGCUCACCGCCACCACCACGCUCACAGUGGAUGUGUUGGACGGGGAUGACCUGGGCCCAAUGUUUCUGCCUUGCAGCCUGGUAGACAACACCCGUGACUGCAAACCUCUUACGUACCGCGCCAGCAUCCUGGAGCUCACAGAUCCGAGCCGAGUAAACCCUGUCAACGUGACUCCUCCCAUUCAAGCUGUGGAUCAAGACAGAAACAUCCAGCCUCCGUCAGACCGCCCAGGAAUCCUGUACUCGAUUCUCAUCGGGAAACCUGCAUCAUAUGCAGAGUAUUUCUCCUUAAAUCGGACCACAGCUGAGCUCCAGCUCCUGAAGCCCAUCAGCAGGGAGCAGUACCAGCAUUUAGACUUGGUAAUCAAGGCAGAGCAAGAUAAUGGACACCCUCUUCCGGCGUUCGCUAAUCUCCACAUUGAGGUGCUUGAUGAGAACAAUCAGGCGCCGUACUUCCAGGUGGCCACUUAUCAUGGAUUCAUCUCAGAGGCUGCUCCGCUGGGCACCACUAUCUCGAGCAGUGCCAAUCUCUCCACCCCCCUCGCCAUUAUCGCCCUGGAUAACGACAUUGAGGAGACGAAAGAUCCCAUGGUGCACAUCUCUCUGGACAACUACAACAGCAUCUUUGCAGUGACGCCCAGUGGGAUCGCACGCUACCUGACACUACUGAGGCCCGUGGACCAUGAAGAACAGCCGAGUUAUGCCUUCACGAUGACUGCCUCAGAUGGAGUUCAGGAGAGCUUUCCAGUCACUGUUAAUAUCACUGUGAUUGACGCCAAUGACAACACGCCUGCCUUCCCCAACGUCUCCUAUAGUGUGAAUGUUUAUACAGACAUGCAGCCUGGAGACACAGUCUUACAGCUGGCAGCAGUGGACGCUGAUGAGGGUCCCAACGGGUUGGUGAGCUACAAAAUCUUGGCGGGGGAUCAGGGACACUUCACCAUCAAUGACUACACAGGAAUGAUCACCGUGCUGCCCGGUGUCAAUCUGACCGUGGGCCGCUCCUACGCCCUCACCAUUAGGGCCUCUGACAAUGGCCCUGCGUCCCAGAGAAGAUCCCCAAUAGAGUAUCAAGUUUUCAACAUCAUCUUUGCUUUCAGGUCUGGCCUGUUGUUGUUGGCGAAGACGCUGGACAGAGAGAUCACGGAUCACUACACGCUAACGGUCACGGCCUCCGAUGGCAAACCAGAUGGGACCUCGACUGCUACGGUGAAUAUAGUGGUGACUGAUGUCAAUGAUAAUGACCCUGAGUUUGAUCCUCUGCUGCUCCUUAAUCUCACAGUUCAAGAGGGAGAGGCGAAUGCUUUUGUGGGUCAAGUAAAGGCUACUGAUCUGGACCUGGGCGUUAAUGGGCAGGUCCGAUACCAACUGGUCAGUCACAGAGAUCUCUUCAGGAUCAGCACUGAUGGCAGCAUCUUCACAGCUGUGCCUCUGGACCGUGAGGAAAGGGCUCAGUAUGAUUUGGUUGUGCAGGCUUCGGAUGGGGCCAGGGACCCUCGCCGGACCACUGUCACACUCUCCAUCAAAGUGCUGGACAUGGAUGACAACAGCCCAGCCUUCUCCCAGCCUGUGUAUCAGGUCACACUGCCAGAAAACAGCCCAGUGGGCAUGAUCAUCCUCAAUAUCAGUGCACUGGAUCCUGAUUUGGAUGCCAACGUCACGUACCGUAUCAGGACCAAGGAGGCCAGAGAGCAGUUUGCAGUGAACCCUCUCACCGGUGAGCUGAAGGUGCUUCACUCACUUGAUUUCGAGAAACUCUUACCGAACGGGACAACAUGGACCUUCGUGGUGGAGGCUGUGGAUGGCGGAAGCGGCAAAAUGCCACCGGGGUUGGCCUCUGUUUCUGUCACUGUAUUGGACAUGAACGACUUCACACCAGUGUUCAGUCAAACGCUGUACCGGGGAAUGGUGGCACCCAAUGCAAUCAAAGGGACCAUAGUGACCACCGUACAUGCUGAGGACCUGGACCCACUGGGUACAGCGGCUAGUCGAGUUCACUAUAAAGUGGAUUUGGAGCAGUUUCCUUACAGCACUAGUAUCUUCGAUGUGGAGGAGACCUCGGGCAGUGUUCUCACCAGGGUCAAUCUGAAUGAGGAGCCCAACACUAAAUUCAGUAUUGAUUUCGAUGAAAUCGCUGCACUGCCUGUUACAUUAGAGUGCUUUCUGAGCAAAACUCAAUGGUUCUCUCCGGUCAGCGAAAAUGCCCCCGUGGGAAUGGUCACAGGAGUCAUCUUGGCGGCUGCCAUAAACCAGACCAUCGUCUACUCCAUCAUCGAAGGAAAUGAAGGCGGUGAAUUCAUUGUGAACAACAUCACUGGAGUUAUCAGCACUGCCAAGCCGCUGGACUACGAGAGCAACAGCAGUUACGUCAUCCGCGUGGAAGCAGACUCCAUGAGGGUGGCGUCGUCCAACCUACGAGCCCCAUCCAAAAGCAACACAGCAAAGGUCUUCAUUGAUGUGCAAGAUGAGAACGACCAUCCUCCUGAGUUCACUAAGCCCUUUUACCUCGGUGGGGUUGCAGAGGAUGCCAAGACCUUCACCUCUGUUUUACAGGUCCAGGUGUCUGUGGUUAACCAACUGGACAUGCAGGUGGUCGUAUCCAACGUGUCGCCCACUGUAGUUGAACAGAACAAGGAUCAGCUGAUUGGGAUUUUAGAGCGCUAUGUCCAGGACCAGAUUCCAGGAGCCAAAGUUGUUGUGGAGUCGAUCGGGCCGCGUCGUUUUGGCGAGGGUUAUGAACAGGAGGACUACUCAAAAUCUGACCUUAUGGUUUAUGCAAUCGACCCUCUGACCAACAGAGCUCUCUCAAGACAGGAGCUCUUCAAGUUUUUAGAUGGGAAGUUAUUGGACAUCAAUAAGGAGUUCCAGCCCUAUCUAGGUCGCGGAGGACGCGUUCUGGAGAUCCGCACGCCAGAUGUGGUGGAGAGCGUGAAGAAGGCGGUUCAGUCUGUUGGAUACACCGAAGGAGCCCUGCUGGCCCUGGCCGUCAUCAUCAUCAUGUGCUGUAUCCCAGCCAUCCUCAUCGUCAUCAUCACGUACCAACAAUUCAAAGAACGACAGGCAGAGUGUGCAAAAGCAGCCAGGAUCCAAAUGGCGCUUCCUACUGGCAAAUCCGGAGGUGCUGCCACCAACAAUCUGUAUGAAGAACUCGGCGACAGCACCAUAUCUAAGACUAAGACGUGUGUUCUGAAGGACGGCGAUCAUCAGCGUCUCAUUAGUUCAUUUGCCUCCCGUGCCAUCACUGCUCACAAGCUGUCCACUGCUAAUGGAGUCCUGCUCAACAACUUGCCUAAGUCGGAAAGCAACAUUACUUUUCUUUCUGACGAGAACCCUCUUACUACAACCAACCCUCUGUAUCAUGAUGACGGCACCCUCAGCAGCCCUGAGCACCAAAAUCAGAGGUAUCACCUGGGCACAUAUUCACCCAAUUUGAGAGGUCUGAGAAGGUCCAUCCUGCGCUUCCCAUCUGCAGGCUCAGGACACGCUUGGACUUUACCCUCUAGGUUACACAAGUGGGAGAACAAUGAUGCCCUACGGACUAGGAGGAUGGUGAUGGAUCCAGAUCAGUGGGAGCUGCAGCUGCUGAAGUCCGACCUUAAGGGCAGUAAGGAGAUGAUUGAUGGGUUUGAUGGGUUUGAUGGGCUUGUGGACGAAGAUCCAGAGCCCAAAUUGACAGUAAAAGAGCAGGCACGGCAGUUUGAGCAGCAGGCCUUUCAGGACAUGAGGCAGGGGCAAGGCCAGGACUCUCGUGGGUCACUCUCUUCUGAAAUUAUUCUCUCUGUUUUCGAGACGUCUUCAGUCAUGGGAUAUAACAGCAGACCCCCAGCAAUAAUAAUUACCCAGAGUGACGGAACACCUCCACCCAGUCACAAGCCCACCCCGCCAGUGCUGCGGAACUUCAGCAGAAUGACUUCCUAUCCUGAUGUGGAGUCUUACGAGGUCAAUGUGGAGAUCAUCCCAGACCCACCAGAUGUACCUGCUCCACCACCCCCACCACCUCCUCAUCCCUCCAGUCCCCCACCACCUUCACCUCCACCUCCUUCCAGUCCCCCACCCCAAUCCAUUCCUGUCCCUCCAUCCCCACCACAUCCUUCUCCAUUUGUCCUUCCUCCUCUUCCCUCAGUCACAUCCCUCCGACCAGUGUCCUUACGCCCCGCACCACCUCCACCACCGUCCGAGCCAGAGCCUCCCAAGAGGGAACUCAAAGGGAUCCUUAAGAACAUCCAGAACAUAGCAGACAUAGAGAAAUCCAUUGCCAACAUGUACAGUCAAAUAGAUAAAAAGCAGCGCCCGCCAAAUAUUGUCCCCAAACCACAAGUGUCUGUUAAACCAGAGGCUGGUGUGUCAGAGGCGGAGCCUGUACAAGAAAUACCAUCACCAGAGCCCAAUUCAAACAUGAACUCACUAGUGGAGGAGCUGGAGAAACGCUUUCCUUCUCAGUCCACUAUCCUGUGA